AGCGAAAAAAAGCUCCAAGUGACCUUUGUCCUCCUUUUGGACUGACAAAAACAGCCAGAGUAUAAAAAGGAGGGGGAGCGUCCGCGGGACAGACUUGUUUUUGUUCGAGAAGCUGCUGCAACUCAACGCUGUGCAGAGGCAGCAUUUAAACUUAGACUGGGCAGGCGAGGAGGCGUAGGAGAGAUGAGGACGUGCCUCAGCCUUCUCCUCGCUCUCUGUCUGCUCCAAGGGGGCGGGGCGGAGAGCGAGGGAGGCGGGCCGCGCUGUCAACCACCGCCCAACUGGAGAAUCGGGGCGGUGGAGCCCAUGAGGGCGGCGAUGGGCAAGGUGACGGUGGUGGCCCUCUUGCAGGCUAGCUGAUUGUUCUGCUUGGUGCAGGCCUCCAGAAUGGAUGGCCUGCGCCUGAAGAUGGAGAGAGACGGUUUGAGGGAUGUGACCUACAUGGUCGUCAACCAACAGGGGGCGCAAGCACAGAGCCUUCACCCCAUGCUGGAGCAGAGGCUGUCAGAGAACAUCGCGCUCUACAAACAGGAGGAGCAGCAGCCCGACAUCUGGCAGCUGCUGAACGGAGCCAAGGAUGACUUUUUCAUCUAUGACAGAUGCGGACGCCUCACUCACCAGAUUUCACUUCCAUAUUCCAUCAUUGGCCAGGGCCACAUUGAGGGGGCCAUCAAGGACGCCUACUGCAAGCGCUCAUGUGGUGCCUGUGAAUACGAGAGUGUUGAGAUCCCGAGUGAGUGUCAAGUGAAUGCAGGAGAAGAGCCUGCUGCACCAGCAGUGGAGACAGACAUGGGGCAUCAUCAUGGGCACCAUCAUGGGCAUGGCCACCAUCAUCAUCACGGGCAUCACCAUGGAAACCAUGACCCCAGUGUGGGUCAUCACCAGAGCGUAGCUCAUCACAAUGUAGGACAACAGGCUAGUGAGGACCUCAACUUGCAGGAGGCGCAGGGCCCCUCAGUGAUGCAGCACCCGUGAGUGCCCGAAAAGGCCAGGUGAAAGGCCAAGCACAGCUGACAGCUCACAGGCACCCCGGACGCCUCCUCGCAGGCCAGCUGAUGCUGACACUGACGGAGGCUGUUCGGAGAGGUGGUGGCCAACCAGCCCCUCAGCCUGUGACACUGCGAGCAGGCGCUGCCCGCCUCCUGA